CCCUCCCCGGAAGGGCGGCCCCGUCCGRGCCGGCGCGGAGCCGGCAUGGAGCGGGCAGAGGCCUACGGCUUCUCCGGAGCCAUGAGCGGCGCCUUCCUGCUGUCAUGCCUGCUCUUCGCAGCCGUCAGCCGCCGGCAGCGCGGGCCCUACAUGGACGAGGUGUUCCACGUCCCGCAGGCGCAGGCCUAUUGCCAGGGCCGCUUCCUGCAGUGGGACCCCAUGAUCACCACCCUGCCCGGCCUGUACCUGCUCUCGGUGGGAGUGGUGAAGCCCGCGGCGUGGCUGCUCGGAUGGACGGGAAGCGUGGUGUGCUCUGUGGGAAUGCUCAGGUUUAUCAACCUCCUCUUCAGCGCUGGGAACUUCUAUUUACUGUAUUUGCUUCUGUUCAAGAUACAUCAGAAGAAUAAGGCUGUGUCUGGUUUCCAGAGAAUCUUGUCUGCAUURACUCUUGCAGUGUUUCCCACCCUUUAUUUUUUCACAUUCCUUUAUUAUACGGAUCCAGGAUCAGUAUUUUUUACUCUCUUUUCCUAUUUAAUGUGCCUUUAUGGUAACCAUAAAACUUCUGCUCUCCUUGGAUUUUGUGGCUUCAUGUUUCGUCAGACGAAUAUUGUGUGGACGGUUUUUUGUGCUGGAAAUGUUGUUGCAGAGAAGCURAAUGAAGCUUGGAAGAUUGAGCUGCAGAAAAAGAAAGAUGAAAAGAUUUCUUCCAGGAAAGGAUCAUUUUCAGAUUUGACCAGAAUGCUGCUGUUUCUUGUUAAAUAUCUCAUAUCACCUAAAAACUUGGUUACACUUACUGCUUUAACUUGGCCAUACAUCAUAUUAGUAUCUCUUUUCUUUGUUUUUGUCUUUGUCAAUGGUGGAAUAGUUGUUGGUGAUAGAAGUAGUCAUGAAGCCUGUUUGCACUUUCCUCAACUCUUCUAUUUUUUGUCCUUUACUGUAUUUUUUUCAUUUCCUCAUUUAUUGACCCCUACUAAAAUCAGGAAAUUCCUUCUGUCAUUGCGAAAGCACCCUGUGCAGUACAGYUUAAUCACUGUCAUCUCUUUAUUCCUGAUCUGGAAAUUUACCUAUGUUCAUAAGUAUUUAUUAGCAGAUAACCGACAUUACACAUUUUAUGUUUGGAGAAAAGUGUUCCAAAGACAUGAGCUUGUGAAAUACCUAUUAGUUCCAUUCUAUAUAUUUGCUGGCUGGAGUUUUGCUGAUACGCUAAAAUCAAAAUCAAUAUUCUGGAUCCUAAUGUAUUUUGUAUGUUUAUUAGCAGUCACAGUUCCUCAAAAAUUGCUAGAAUUUCGUUACUUUAUUUUGCCAUUCUUAAUAUAUAGGCUCAAUAUUCCAUUUCUGUCUCUAUAUAGGCAACUUCUGGAGCUGGCUUUUUAUAUUUUAGUAAAUGCUGUAACUUUUUAUCUUUUUCUAAACAGAACAUUCARAUGGGAAAAUAGUGAUGAAGUACAGAGGUUUAUGUGGUAACUUUUUUUUAUACUUUUAUACCUCUAGGAAAACCUGGUUCCAUUUCGGGACUGGACUCUGAAAUGAAACAAUAUGUUUUGCAUAAUGUAAGGAUUGUUUUCCCUAGUUGGAAUUGGGAACUAAGCUCUUCACCAAUAUUAUUGCAACCAAAUGCAAGAUCUGUAAUAAUGUGARGAUAUUCCAUAUAUUAAAUUUAUGAGAAUUGUAAAAUUCAGUAUGAGGGGAAAUGUGGGAACACCUUUUUGUAAUUAUUGUAAAAUAAGAGAGAUGUUUACCAUUGUUUUUCAUUACAAUAAAAUAUUGUAUAAUGUGCCCUUGAAUUUAUAAGUAUGUUUCAGAGGUUUCUUGUUCAAAAAAAAGGAUUUCAGUGUUCAAUCUUUUUGUUUAUUUAUCCAUGUGCAUAUUUAUUCCUCAGAUCAGGCCAUUUCCUUCUAUGUUUAUCACUGGCCAAGGUAUAAAACACUACUAAAGUACAGUGUUUUAAAAUCCUCCUACAUCUAACUGAAUUUUCAUUACUUUUUUUGUCAGUAAAUACUUACAUUACUUUUGUGAACAGAAUGUAGGCUCUUAAAACACUGGAGCAUUUUGAACAUUUUAUUUCAAACUGUUAUUUAGAAAACACAGUGGAGGYUAUGUGCGUGUGCAUUCUUUGGGGCAAUAAAUGUUACUGUACAACAAAAGAUAAAUUGCAUUUGAUAAUGUGACCUGUUAGAAGGGGAGUAAUUUACAGAUGUCAGACUGCAACAUGCAGUGGAUUUCAGCCCUCUUAAAUAAUCAAGCUUUUAUGUCCCGUUGUUCUGUGCUCACAGGUGUGUGUUGAAAUGAGUUCUGAGUGCACUCCUGAGUUGCACUGAGUGUUUCAAAAAUCUUUGAUGUGUAAUCUUCAAGAAAUCCUAAUGGCAUUUUUAAAUUAUUAUUUUAAAUAUUUUUAUGUUUAUUAAAAUUUAAUGUAACUUGAGUGUAUAUAUUUUGUUUUACAAAGGUAAAAUGCAGUGUAUAUAUACAUAUAUAUAUAUAUAUAUAUGUAUAAAUAUUUUAAAGCAUCUAGUGUGCAUUAUAAUCAGAGUAAAGAAGUUUGUAAUGGUUCCUGUCAGUAAAUGACUUAAUAAAGUCUCAAAAAUAUUUGAUUGCUGAAGUAUGUGGCAGGGGAGGGUGCUGUCCAAAACUUCAGGUGCUGUGUAGCCUCUUUAAAUUCAUAAUUGUUCUGUAAUGAAAAUGCUGCAGCCAAAUCUCUGUGAACAUGUCAUACUAUUGCCGCUCUAGUGACUCUGAAAUGGAAUUGUGUCUCAAGAGGUCAGUACUGGGGAGUUACAGUUGCUGUUUUCUAUUACAAUAUAAUAUUCAGGAUAUUGGCUCCCAUUCCUUCCCUGUACUAACACCRUGAUGGGUGUGGUGAGCUCAGAUCCRAUCAAGGUCUUUGCARCYGUUGCUCCUAAGGAAACCCUCAAGACACUCUUCAAUGAGUAGGUGCAUUUGUAUUGAAUUUAAGAUAUUUGCCAGGUUGCUCUUUGCUUCUUGGCCUUUUGCCAGCGUGUCAAUCUGUGCCAUAGGGAGAGCCAUUUUCAAUCAUUCCCUAUUUGUUUCUUCAAGUUGCAGGGACAAGAGAGAGCCUGAAAUGGAUUGUUUUUAAGAAUCCAGCGUGGCCCUGGCAGAGUCCAGGAUGUUGUGUUGUGAUUUUAGUAUCACARAUUUGGGAAGGGAAAUGUUGCGUGCCUUCUGCUUCCAAUUUUGUUUUUGUAUGCCCUGCUAAUAAAAUCAUAAGAUAAAGAGA